AGGGGCGGGGCUUUCACUAACUGAGACCUGAGUUAGCGGCGAAAUGAGAGGGAGAGUCUGGAUGUGAUCGUGUGCGGGAGCGGAGUUACUGUCCAGGAUUUCAUCACCACCAGGAUGGCUGCUUUUCAAGUUCGCUCGAAGCUCUUUGAACUCGGGCUACAGACCCUGAACACUGGUGUCCGGGAAUUCUCUAUCUCACUAAGCUGUGCAUCCAAAAAUCACUAUGAUGUAUUAGUGGUUGGAGGUGGAACUGGGGGGAUCACCAUGAGUGCUCGGUUGAAGAGAAAAGUGGGAGCUGGAAAUGUAGCCAUCAUUGAGCCAAGUGAGAGACAUUAUUACCAGCCCAUAUGGACCUUGGUGGGAGCUGGAGCUAAACCAUUGAACAAAUCUGGACAAUCAACAGCCAGUGUCAUCCCUUCAGGCGUCCCAUGGAUCAAGUCCAGCGUUCAGGAAUUUGAUCCAGACAAGAAUCUUGUUCGGAUUGAUGAUGGGAAAGAGGUUUCAUACAAAUACCUGAUUGUUGCUCUGGGAUUGCAGCUCCAAUAUGAUAAGAUCAAGGGACUUCCUGAUGGGUUCAAUGACACCAAAAUCGGCUCUAACUACUCAGUAAAUUUUGUUGAGAAAACAUGGAGAGCCUUACAGGAUUUCAGAGAGGGAAAUGCCAUCUUCACCUUUCCCAACACGCCUGUCAAAUGUGCUGGGGCUCCACAGAAGAUCAUGUAUCUCGCUGAGCACUAUUUCAGGAAGACGGGGAAACGGUCAAAAGCAAAUAUUAUCUACAACACAUCACUGCCAGUGAUCUUUGGAGUGAAGAAAUAUGCAGACGCUCUUCUAGAGAUUAUUAAGGCGAGGAAUAUUGAUGUGAAUUACAGACUUAACCUUAUCGAAGUCCGUACAGACAAACAAGAGGCCGUAUUUGAAAUGUUAGACCAUCCAGGAGAAACAAAGACUUUUCAGUACGAGAUGCUACAUGUCACUCCUCCAAUGGCGGCACCUGAUGUGAUUCAGAAAAGUCCAUUGGCUGACACACAAGGCUGGCUUGAUGUUGACAAAGAGAAUCUACAGCACAAGAGAUACUCCAAUGUGUUUGGUAUUGGAGACUGCACUAACCUUCCAACAUCAAAAACCGCAGCUGCUGUUGCUGCACAAUCUGCAAUCCUUAGUAAGACCGUUUCAUUGGUCAUGAAGAACCAGAAGCCAACCCACAAGUACAAUGGCUACACUUCCUGUCCGCUGGUUACUGCCUACAACAGAUGUAUUUUAGCGGAGUUUGAUUAUGAUGCUCAGCCGCUGGAGACAUUCCCUUUUGACCAGGGCAAGGAGCGGUGGAGCAUGUUCCACAUGAAGGCUGAUCUCAUGCCCCCUCUUUACUGGUACGCUCUUCUCAAGGGAUUUUGGGGAGGUCCUGGACCAUUCAGAAAGUUGAUGCGCCUUGGCAUGAAGUAAAGAAUAUUCUUAAUUGGACUUGAUGCUCGAUGAUCACUGACUCUCGCGCACACCACCGAUCCUCUCUUGCAAUCUUAACUGUGACACUAUGUGGGUAUUUUGCAUGUUUUUCAGCAAAUCAAACUGAAAUUACUAACUAAUUAUAUGAAAUGGGAAAACUCUGAUCCUCCUUACAUUGAUGUACAAGUGAAUCAUCAUAACUCAUUCUUACUGGAGCAAGUCCUUAACACUUUGUUUGUAAUCGUGCUUCUCAUCAAUAAGGUUUCUUCUGUUUUUUCAGCAAUGAAAAGGGCUCACAUUGAAUGCUUAACUAUAAUUCAUGUUCACAGCUCAGAAUGAGAUCCAAUAUUCACCAUUACUGAGCACUCAAACAAUCCUUUCAUGCCAAAACUAUCACAUGUUCUUCCAAAGUUUCUCCUAAGUGCCUUUCUUCAUUUAAAAAGGAAUAACUUAAAAACACUGACUGCUGUUUCAGAUCUUUGCUUGGAAGGUUUCUGAUUGGAACCUAAACUGAUGUCAAAUAGAAGCUGUAAAAUUCAUGGGAAGGAGAAUGCUCAUGGAGCUAAGAGUUGUUAAGAUUUAAUGUGGUUUAACUAUAAUAAAAACAGUAAACUUGGUUUUCUACCAA